CAAAACUGCUCCACUAGAUACGAUGUCCAGCGUGAACGAGUCCGUGAUGGAAUUGGCGUUCCUUGCCACGAAGAUCACUUCACCAGGUGACCGGGUGCGCAUCACCGAAUGGAUUAGAAAACUGGUACAAACGCAUACCGAGGAAAACACCCACCCAAAGCUGGUUGAAGAGUACCUGGACUAUUUGAAGCUUAUACUUACUUCCACACCGAUCUACCUUGUGGAUCCCUUUAAAAGUUACCCUCCGAAGAAUAAGCCCUUGGUUCCCCUAGCCGAAGCCCUAGGGAACUCGAUAAGCAAAAAAUGUCCCUUUCUGCCCCAGUGUGGAUCGCCGGCGCCCGUAGUUUUGCAUCGAUCGGGAGAUGACACGGCUACCAUUACCGUCAACCGGGAUCCGGAUGGUGAAGUUUACUGCUAUAUGGCGAUUGCUCCGAGAGAUCCAUAGGAAGUUGUAUUUGAUCAUGCUUCGAGAACUUAUACCAGUGAAUUGAAUAUAUAAAUC